AUGGACGACACCAUCCCAUAUCCUUCUCGAACUUGUCUCACUACCACUGUACACACUUCCGAAAAUCCAACCAGUUGUGCAGCAGCUUUAAAACACUCAGAGUGGCAAGAUGCCUUGCAACAGGAGUUUCGUGUCCUUCUCCAAAAUCAUGCCUGGAGUUUGGUUCCGCCCCAUCCCUCUACUAAUAUACUUGGUUGUAGGUGGGUGUACCGUACAAAACUGCGGGCUGAUGGUUCCAUUGAGAGGAGAAAGGUGAGACUUGUAGCCAAAGGCUACAACCAACAGUCUGGUGUAGACUUCCAGGAGACCUUCAGUCCUGUGGUCAAGGCUCCUACCAUUCGGCUUAUUGUUUCUAUUGCGGUUGCCCGUGGCUGGCCUCCUAGACAGAUUGACAAUCAGAACGCCUUUCUUCAUGGAACACUCCAUGAUUAG